UCUGCAUGCAAGAGCAUGCAGGUUAAAGCGCUAAGCCUGUGUCGUUUGUUGUCUACGUCGACCACCACCUAGGUGCAUAGGACCAAAACCAUGUCCCGGUUAAAACCUGGUUCCAACCGACCUCGACCAACGAUGGACCAGCCUGGGCGCGUCUGCUCGUCCCUCGUCUGCUCGUCUGACUGAACUGUGGAAGGCCUGGGGAUGAGUGAACGACAUUUAAAGGCUAUCAGAAUGACUGACUCAGCCGGCACAUCCCAGUCUGACAAGAUGCUCGACCUCUCCUCCGGCAACAGAGCGCUCUCCCCUGGGCUCUUCAGGAGCGCACCCUGCUCUUCUGGAGGUCCUGCGAGGCUGGCGUCCCUGCGAACCAGGGAUAUGACCCUAGUAGGAGCACCCAAAAAACCUCGGAGAACAUUUGAACCGAAUGUACAUGUGGUUAGAAAGAGCAAAGAUGAACUAAAAGUACAGAUGACCACAUCUCCAAAACAAAGACUGGAUAGAGAGGAGAAGAGAAAAGAGCGGAGAGUAGUAAAGAGAGAGAAGCCUCGGAUCAUUCAGUCUCACUCCAUCUUUGAGCAGGGCCCAGCGGCCUGCACACGGAGAACAGGCCGAGGCACAACUCUGCACGAGUCCAGCAGUCCCCUGUGUGACCAGCUCAAGCGGGAGCCAGAGGAGGACAGUCAUGCUGUGCUGAGCAAGCUGUACAGAGAUGAUUUUAUAGAUGAUCCUACUCUGAGGAACAGCUCCAAACUUAAGCCCAUUCAGCUUCCCUUAAAACACACUCAGAGUGUCACAGCUCAAGGCAUACAAGGUCGAAACGUGGAGGUGUGUCAGGCAAAGCAGCCGUCUCUGGUGGAGCUCUUCAGUGAUUUGCAUGUGUCUGGCAGAGAUGAACUCUUUUUUAUGCAGCUUCCAGAUUGUAUGCCUGUUAAAACUGUAGGACCAAGGCCCCCAGACACUGCCAGUUAUGGACUCUCAAAGCCAGCUAAAAGAGACAGCCUGCCACAGGGAAAGGCAGGGACAAGCCUGCAAACACAAUUGGACUUUGCCAGCAAACGCAAAACAAAAACCCAUGAAGAAACAUUUUCUUCCAAUCACUGCAUCAAUACCAUCACAGCUGCUCUUCAUGGUGGUCUGUGUUGCCUUCAGGAACCAGUGCUGUCCAGUUUUUCUGAGGGCCUUCUGGGUAAACUCCAGCUUCGAAAAUCAGGAAAAGUGGUGCUGAAGCUGGGAGACAUCAGUAUGGAUGUGACUGAGGGGGGUGCCUUUUCAUUCCUGCAGCAGCUCGUGUCCGUGCGUUUGUCUGAGGGCCGCUCUGGAGACAUGAUGGUCCUGGGAAAUGUCAGUCACAAGCUUGUUUUGUCUCCUGUUUUUCAGACUUUGCUUGACCAAUCUGAGACCAAAUCCUCCUAAAAAAACAUUUUUUAAAACAAAUGGCAGCUAAAUAUUACAUUGCCUUGGCAUUACAAAGGCACUGGUCGAUGCCAUUCAAUCCCAUCUUUUGAAUUAGGCAGAAGUAUACACAUUUUUAUAACAUUGUUGUAUCUAAAAGGCUUUGAUAUUUCUAGUGGUUUAUGGGGGUAAUUAGAAGGUAUAUCAUCAUGCAUUUAAAAAUGUUAGAUACUAUUUUCCCAGAAAAGUACAGAAUUGUUAUUUCACUGUACUAGACUGUUGAUAGCGUAUUUUGGGGAUCCCAUAAGGCCAGCUAUUCUUCAUGGUUAUCUUUGUUAAAUAUUUUUUAUUGAUUAUAAGCAUUAUAAUUAUGUAUGACUUUAAAAUAUUUGUUUUGUUUAACAAUGGUACAUUGGUAAACAUUGGUGAAUUAGUAGAAAUAAAAUGAUUGUUUUGUAAAAA